AUGUUCCCUGCGUUGGAAACAGAGCUAAAGCAGGAGACUCUUCCUGACCCCUAUGAGGAUUUUAUGCACCAUCACCUGCAGUAUUAUGGCUACUUUAAAGCCCAGAAAGGCAAUCUACCAAAUUCUGCUACUCACCAGCGUAUUUGGAAGACUAGCCCUCGGUACAUGUUGAAUGGCUCUUUUGGAGAAAAAGAUGAUCUGGUCUCGGACACCUUGGACCUUGGAAAAGAGAUGUUUCUAUGGCCUACCUGUUUAUCUUCAACUGGGCACACUCAGGUAGACGCUGUGAACCGAGACUCACUUAUGCUGAGUUCACCACUUCUUCGGAGCAGACAGCUUCUUUAUGAUGAACUGGAUGAAGUGAACCCACGUCUUCGAGAACCCCGAGAGCUCUUCUCAUUUUUUUCUAGUCAGGGGCCACUGCAGGCUCCAAGAUGGCCAAUAGAGUGUGAAGUCAUCAAGGAAAACAUUCAUCAUAUUGAAUGGGUUCCACCUCAACCAGAGUAUUUCUAUCAGCCUACAGGAGACGAAAAGUUACCAGAGAUUGUGGGAGAAGAGCAAGGCACAGUUGUUUACCAGUUAGAUUCAGUUCCCACAGAAGGUGCCUAUUUCACCAGUUCCAGAAUAGGAGGAAAACGAGGAAUUAUCAAGGAACUCGCUGUUACAUUGCAAGGGCCAGAAGAUAAUACUCUAUUGUUUGAAUCGAGGUUUGAGAGUGGGAAUCUGCAGAAAGCUGUCAGAGUAGGCAUCUAUGAGUAUGAACUUACCUUGCGAACUGAUCUCUACACAGACAAACACACCCAGUGGUUUUACUUUAGGGUUCAGAAUACCAGAAAAGAAGUCACCUACCGCUUCACCAUUGUCAACUUGCUGAAGCCCAAGAGCCUUUAUGCAGUAGGGAUGAAACCUCUUAUGUACUCUGAGCUGGAUGCCACCACCUACAACAUUGGCUGGAGGAGAGCAGGACAUGAAAUCAAGUACUAUAAGAAUAACAUGGAAGAGGGGCAGCAGUCCUUAUACUGUCUCACCUGGACCCUUCAGUUCCCUCAUGACCAGGAUACUUGCUUCUUCGCACAUUUUUACCCAUACACUUACACUGACUUGCAAUGCUAUCUCUUGUCAAUUGCAAACAACCCCAUCCAGUCUCAGUUCUGCAAGCUCCGAGCUUUAUGCAGGAGCCUAGCAGGGAAUACUGUCUACUUGCUUACCAUCACCAAUCCAUCCAGGACCCCUCAAGAGGCAGCUGCAAAGAAAGCGGUGGUGCUGAGUGCCAGAGUCCACCCUGGAGAAAGUAAUGGCUCCUGGAUCAUGAGAGGCUUUUUGGACUUCAUCCUUAGCAACUCCCCAGAUGCCCAGCUCCUCAGGGAUAUCUUUGUCUUCAAGGUGAUUCCCAUGUUAAAUCCAGAUGGCGUGAUUGUGGGGAAUUACCGGUGUUCGUUGGCUGGAAGGGACUUGAACAGGCAUUAUAAAACCGUUCUUAAGGAUUCUUUCCCUUGCAUUUGGUACACCAAGAAUAUGAUCAAAAGACUUCUGGAAGAAAGAGAGGUUCUCUUGUAUUGUGAUUUUCAUGGCCACAGCCGCAAGAACAAUAUCUUCCUGUAUGGCUGUAACAGCAACAGUCGCAAGCACUGGCUUCAUGAGCGGGUCUUCCCUUUAAUGUUGAGCAAAAAUGCACCAGAUAAGUUCUGUUUUGACAGUUGUAACUUUAAGGUCCAAAAAUGCAAAGAAGGGACGGGACGAGUUGUGAUGUGGCGGAUGGGCAUCAUAAACAGCUAUACCAUGGAGUCCACUUUUGGCGGGUCCACGCUGGGCAGAAAAAGAGACACUCAUUUUACCAUUGAAGACCUGAAGUCCCUAGGUUAUCAUGUCUGUGACACCAUUCUGGAUUUCUGUGAUCCUGACCAGACCAAGUACACUCAGUGUCUACAAGAGCUUAAGGAGCUCUUACAACAGGAAAUCCACAAGAAGUUCAAUAACUUUGGACAAGAUAUGGACUUAGAAGGAAACUGGAGUGACAUUCCUUUGUCUGACAUUGAGUCCAGCACCAGUGGCUCUGAUAGCUCCCUCUCGGAUGGUCUUCCUGCCCACCUACUGAACAUAGCAGAUGAGGUGAAUCAGAAGAUGAUAUUAAAGAAGCAAAAAAAGAAGAGACUCCAGACUAGAAAACAGAGAAACGAGCAGUACCAGAAGAAUUAUUUGAUGCGGGAGUUAAAGUUGACAGAGAACAAUACCCCAGGAAGGGCAAGAUUUGCUUCUACUCUGCAAAAGCAGCCUACUUUUUUGAAAAAUCCUGAGAAUUCUAGUUCUUCAAUAAUGAGAAAUGAAAAGCCAAGGCUCAAUGAGACACAAUUAAGUGGAAGAGACAAAGGCACCUCCCUGGAUCCACCAUUGACCAGCCUGGUUCUACCUAAGAAUAAAGAAAUAAUUCAGAGUAAGAAGCCAGGCUUUACAACAUCAUGCUCUCCAAAGAGAAGCACAAACUCCAGCCUAGGGCCAUCUCCAGAUGUCAAGCCAAACUGGCCUAGGACUAGAUACCCUGCCACGAGGAAAGACCGCACCACCAUGGUGGUGUACCCAUCCUUGCACAUAUACACAUACCCAUAGGUGUGCUUUUGCUGUGAC